UAUCCCAGCCAGCACUGCUUGUCUCGCAGCACGGAGUCGGAGGGGGAGGGAGAGCGCGCAAUCGCAAUGGCCAGGAGCGGCACGGAGGAGUGGCGCCGCAACGCCGACACGCACAAGAUGAGCCCGGAGGAGGUGCGUGCGGCAGGUGUGGAGGCGUCCAUGCGCCCGCCGGGCCGGGGCCCCGGGGAGGUGCUGCACCAGCGCGGCCGGCUGCCGUACGGUCCUGGCACCAUGGCGCUGGUUGGGUUCGGAAUCGUCGGCGUCAUCGGCUACCUCGUGUUGUACCAGAAGGCCAGGCCCGGCACGCCCGCCACCGAGGUAGCCAAGGUCGCUGUCGCCCACGGGGACCCCGCCGCCGGCCGUGACCCAGUGAAGCAUCCUCCGGAAGGCUCGCGUGAAGCCAAGUAGCUCGAUCGUACCGUGGCAGCUGUAACAGGAUGUAAUAGUGUACAGUACUUUUGUUGUUCGUGUUCAGCUCUGUUCCUCUGCUUGUGUCGAGGAGCCACAUUCUGCUUUGCGAAAGACUAGCUAGAUCGUGGUAGAUCCAGCUGAAUAAGAUUUCUCCGUCGCUCCAGAAUAAAGAAACUCAACUCUUUAUUUCAGAUGAAAAUGACACUAGAUCCGCUCAUGUUUCUCCCCUCUGUGAGUGUACUCACUUCCUUGGUUAUAUUGUUUUGUU